AUGGCAGUCGGCCGGAGGGAGCUGGCUGCUCUCUGGGCCCUGGCCCUGGCCCUGGCCUGUGCCCAGCACCCAGGUGAGCUCGUUCCGCCGGCUUCUCCCGCCGGCCAUGGGGCCCCAGCCCCUCUGAGGACGGGUGGCCCCGGCGACCCGCCCCCCGGGGUAACCAUCCUCCCGCCUCUGCGGACCACGGCCGUGGUGCGAGCCCUGAACCCGGCGCACAACGGGCGGGUGUGCAGCACGUGGGGCGACUUCCACUACAAGACCUUCGACGGCGACAUCUUCCACUUCCCCGGCCGCUGCAACUACGUCUUCUCCGCGCACUGCGGGGCCGCCUAUGAGAACUUCAACGUCCAGCUCCGCCGCGGCCGGGAGUCCAACGCCGCCGUGCUGAGCAAGGUCACCAUGAAGCUCAACGGCAUGGUCCUCGAGCUGACCAAGGGCUCCGUGCUGGUCAACGGCCGCCCGACCCAGCUGCCCUUCAGCCAGUCCGGCGUCCUUGUCGAGCACAGCGUCAACUACCUGAAGGUGUCGGCCAGGCUGGGUCUGGUCUUCAUGUGGAACGAGGACGACAGCCUCCUGCUCGAGCUGGACGCCAAGUUCGCCAACCAGACCUGCGGGCUCUGCGGAGACUUCAACGGUGUCCCCGUCUUCGAUGAGUUCUUCUCCCACAACGCCAAGCUGACCCCCAUCGAGUUUGGGAACCUGCAGAAGAUGGAUGGCCCCACGGAGCAGUGCCAGGACCCGGUGCCUGCGCCCCCCGCCAACUGCUCCGCCGGCUUGGCCGUCUGCGAGGAGCUGCUGCGCAGCGAGCGGUUCCUGGGCUGCCGCCCCCUGGUGGACGCCGGUGGCUACGUGCAGGCCUGCCAGCAGGACCUCUGCCGCUGCCGCGACGCCGCCGACCUGGCCAGCUGCGCCUGCCGCACGCUCGCCGAGUACUCCCGCCAGUGCGCGCACGCCGGGGGGCUGCCCCUGGACUGGCGGGGCCCCGGCCUCUGCCCCCGGACCUGCCCCCUGAACAUGCAGUACCGAGAGUGCGGCUCGCCCUGCGCGGACACCUGCUCCAACCUGGAGCACUCGCAGGCCUGCGAGGACCACUGCGUGGCCGGCUGCUUCUGCCCCGAGGGGACGGUGCUCGACGACAUCGGCCAGGCCGGCUGCGUCCCCGUGUCUCAGUGUCCCUGUGUGCACAACGGAGCCACCUACGCGCCGGGGGCAGUCCACUCCACGGACUGCAGCACCUGCACCUGCUCUGGAGGCCGGUGGAGCUGCCGGGAGACCCCCUGCCCGGGCACCUGCUCCGUGCUGGGAGGCGCCCACUUCUCCACGUUCGACGAGCGGUCGUACACCGUGCACGGGGACUGCAGCUACGUGCUGGCCAAGCCCUGCGAGGGCGGCGCCUUCACCGUGCUGGCCGAGCUGCGCCGCUGCGGGCUGACCGACAGCGAGACCUGCCUGAGGAGCCUGACGCUGAGCCUGGGCGGGCGGACGGUCGUCGGCAUCCAGGCCAGCGGCGAGGUGUUCGUGAACCAGGUCUACACGCAGCUGCCCGUCUCGGCAGGCAACGUCACGCUCUUCAGACCCUCGACCUUCUUCAUCAUCGUCCAGACCACCCUGGGCCUGCAGGUGGAGGUGCAGCUGGUGCCCACCAUGCAGGUGUUCCUGCGGCUGGCGCCCGAGCUCCGGGGGCUGACCUGCGGUCUCUGCGGGAACUUCAACCAGAACCAGGCCGACGACUUCCGGACCCUCAGCGGCGUGGUGGAGGGCACGGCCGCCGCCUUCGCCAACACCUGGAAGACCCAGGCCGCCUGCCCCAACGUCAGGAACAGCUUCGAGGACCCCUGCUCCCUCAGCGUGGAGAACGAGAAGUACGCGCAGCUCUGGUGCUCCCGGCUGACGGACCCACAGGGCGCCUUCGCCCGGUGCCACGCGGUCCUGAGCCCUGGCUCCUACUACUCGAACUGCCUGUUCGACACGUGCAACUGCGAGAAGAGCGAGGACUGCCUGUGCGCAGCCCUGUCCUCCUACGUCCGCGCCUGCGCCGCCCGGGGCGUGCUGCUCAGUGGCUGGAGGGCCGGCGUCUGCACAAAGCCGACGGAAACCUGCCCCAAGUCGAUGACCUACCACGAGCACAUCAGCACCUGCCAGCCCACCUGCCGGGCCCUGAGCAGCGAGGACCCCACCUGCGGCAUCAGCUUUGUGCCCGUGGACGGCUGUGCCUGCCCCAACGGCACUUUCCUGGACGACACAGGCACGUGUGUGCCCGCCGCCAGCUGCCCCUGCUACCGCGGCGCCUCCGUGAUCCCCAACGGCGAGUCUGUGCACGAGCAGGGGGCUGUCUGCACCUGCACUAAGGGCACGCUGACCUGCAUCGGAGGCCUUGACCCUGACCCAGUCUGCACCCCGCCCAUGGUCUACUUCGACUGCCGCAACGCCUCGGAGGGGGCCACCGGGGCGGGCUGCCAGAAGAGCUGCCACACCCUGGACAUGGACUGUUACAGCCCCCAGUGCGUGCCCGGCUGCGUGUGUCCCGCCGGGCUGGUGGCCGAUGGCGAAGGCGGCUGCAUCGCUGCGGCCGACUGCCCCUGCGUGCACAACGAGGCCAGCUACCCGGCCGGCCAGACCAUCCGGGUGGGCUGCAACACCUGCACCUGUGAGAGCAGGAUGUGGCGCUGCACCCACGAGCCCUGCCUGGCCACCUGCGCCGUGUACGGAGACGGCCACUACCUCACCUUCGACGGGCGGCGCUACAGCUUCCACGGGAACUGCGAGUACACGCUGGUCCAGGACCGCUGCGGCGGGAACGGCAGCGCCCGGGACGCCUUCCGCGUCGUCACCGAGAACGUCCCCUGCGGCACCACAGGCACCACCUGCUCCAAGGCCAUCAAGCUCUUCCUGGGGAGCUACGAGCUGAAGCUGAGCGAUGGGAAAGUGGAGGUGAUCGAGAAGGGAGUGGGCCGGGAGGCGCCCUACGCCAUCCGCCAGGUGGGCAUCUACCUGGUGGUGGACACCGAGGCCGGCCUGGUGCUGCUGUGGGACAAGAAGACCAGCAUCUUCCUCAGGCUCAGCCCCGAGUUCAAGGGGAAGGUCUGCGGGCUGUGCGGGAACUUCGAUGACAACGCCGCCAACGACUUCACCACGCGCAGCCAGUCCGUGGUGGGCGACGCCCUGGAGUUUGGCAACAGCUGGAAAUUCUCCCCGUCCUGCCCGGACGCCCCGGCCCCCAGGGACCCCUGCACCGCCAACCCCUACCGCAAGUCCUGGGCGCAGAAGCAGUGCAGCCUCCUCAACAGCGCCACCUUCGCGGCCUGCCACGCCCACGUCGACCCCACCAAGUACUACGAGGCCUGCGUGAGCGACGCGUGUGCCUGCGACGCGGGCGGGGACUGCGAGUGCUUCUGCACGGCCGUGGCCGCCUACGCCCAGGCCUGCCGCGAGGCGGGCGUGUGCGUGGCCUGGCGUACCCCGGACGUCUGCCCGCUCUUCUGCGACUACUACAACCCCAAGGGCCAGUGCGCGUGGCACUACCAGCCCUGCGGGGCGCCCUGCCUGCGGACCUGCCGGAACCCCAGCGGGCGCUGCCUGCACGACACCGGAGGCCUGGAAGGCUGCUACCCCAGGUGCCCCACGGAGGCCCCCAUCUUCGACGAGGACAACAUGCAGUGUGUGGCCGCGUGCCCGUCCCCGCCCCCGCCGCCACCCUGCCAUGUGCAGGGCAAGUCGUACCGGCCAGGCGCAGUGGUGCCUUCGGACCAGAACUGCUACUCCUGCGUCUGCACCGAGGACGGCGUGCGGUGCACCUACGACGCCGCGGCCUGCGUCUGCACCUACGGUGGGCGGCACUUCCGUCCGGGGGACACCAUCUACCACACGACAGAUGGCACAGGGGGCUGCAUCUCCGCCCGCUGCGGGGCGGACGGCACCAUCGAGAGGGGGGUCCAUGCCUGCGGCCCCAGCACCCCCGCGCCCCCCACCACCUUCUCCUUCUCCACCCCACCGAUCGUUGCGAGCUCCACAGGUCGUCCCGGCCCACACCACGGCCCUGUCACAAGCCCGGUGGUCACGGGCUCCCCCCCGCCCCCCGCGGUGGGCACAUCCCCUGGGCCAAGGCCUCCGACGGCCUCCAGCGCCCCCGCCGGCUGUGGGGAGGACUGCCAGUGGUCAGCGUGGCUGGACGUCAGCCGUCCAGGACGGGGCAUCGACAGCGGCGACUUCGACACGCUAGACAACCUCCGCGCCCACGGGUACCACGUCUGCCCAGCGCCGAGGGCGGCGGAGUGCCGCGCGGAGCGCACCCCCGACGUGCCGCUGCCAGACCUGGGGCAGCGCGUGCAGUGCAGCCCCGCGGUGGGGCUGACCUGUUACAACCGGGACCAGGUUUCGGGGCUCUGCGACAACUACCAGAUCAGGGUCCUGUGCUGCCGCCCCCGGGCCUGCCCCACCUCCGGGGGCCCGACCCGGACGCCUCCUCGCACGGCCUGCAGCACGACCUCCCCGGGGCCCAGCCCGGCCUCCUGCCUGCAGGAGCACUGCCGCUGGACGGGCUGGAUCGACGGCAGCUACCCCGAGCCUGGCAUCGACAGUGGAGAUUUCGACACUUUUCAGAAUUUGAGAUCCAAGGGGUACAAGUUCUGUGAGAGGCCCAGCAAGGUGGAAUGCCGGGCCGCGAGCUUCCCGAACACGCCGCUGGCGGAGCUGGGGCAGCGCGUGGUCUGCAACAGCAGCGUGGGUCUGGUGUGCCGCAACCGGGACCAGCUGCCCCCGAUCUGCUACAACUACGAGAUCCGGAUCGGGUGCUGCGAGUGGGUGGACAUGUGCAGGGACAGGACCGUGCCCUCCGCGGCACCCGAGGCCACCCGCUCCACUGCACGCGAAGCCAGCACCCAAGCGCAGGCCACGCGGACCACGGGAAUCCCCUUGACCUCCACACCGCAGGGGAGUUCCAGCUCGGAGCCUGUGUCCCCAGCAACCAAAUACACAGUCCGUACACACGCCACGUCGCCCGGGACCAGCUCAACCACCAGCACCACCUCCCUGCCAACCACCAGCACCACGUCUGCACCAACCACAAGCACAACCUCCGCGCCAACCACCAGCACAACCUCCCUGCCAACAACCAGCACCACGUCGGCGCCAACAACCAGCACAACCUCCACGCCAACGACCAGCACAACCUCCCCAACAACGACCAGCACAACUUCACUGCCAACAACCAGCACCACGUCCGCGCCAACAACCACAACCAACACUUCACUGCCAACAACCACACACGUCCCCCAACAACCAGCACAACCUCCCCACACUCACUGCCAACAACACACCCCCACCAGCACAACCUCCCCAACAACCACCAGCACGACCUCUGUCCCUGCACCGGCCACCACCCACACCCCUCCGGGCACCAGCUCCUGCCAGCCACGGUGCACCUGGACCAAGUGGUUCGACGUGGACUUCCCGUCCCCCGGGCCCCACGGCGGAGACCUGGAGACCUACAGCAACAUCGUCAGAAGCGGAGAGAAAGUUUGCCACCGGCCCGAGUACGUCGCUAGGCUCGAGUGCCGCGCCGAGAACCACCCCGAGGUCAGCAUCGACCAGCUGGGCCAGGUGGUGCAGUGCCGCCCGGACGUGGGGCUGGUGUGCCACAACCGCGACCAGGAGGGCCGGUUCCCGAUGUGCCUCAACUACGAGGUGCGCGUGCUCUGCUGCGAGCCCCGCGAGGGCUGCCCCACCUACCCACCAGUCACAGUCCCAAGCACCGCAAGUGUGAGCGCCACCAGCCCUACGGAGACAACUCCGCACUUGGGCACCACCAGCACAACCUCCGCGCCAACGACCAGCACAACCUCCGCUCCAACGACCAGCACAACCUCCCUGCCAACGACCAGCACAACCUCCCCGCCAAAAACCAGCACAACCUCACCGCCAACAACCAGCACCACGUCCGCGCCAACAACCAGCACAACCUCCCCAACAACAACCAGCACAACUUCACUGCCAACAACCAGCACCACGUCCGCGCCAACAACCAGCACAACCUCCCCAACAACAACCAGCACAACUUCACUGCCAACAACCAGCAUCACGUCCUCGCCAACGACCAGCACAACCUCCCCAACAACAACCAGCACAACUUCACUGCCAACAACCAGCAUCACGUCCGCGCCAACAACCAGCACAACCUCCCCAACAACCACCAGCACGACCUCCCCGCCAACCACCAGCACGACCUCUGUCCCUGCACCGGCCACCACCCACACCCCUCCGGGCACCAGCUCCUGCCAGCCACGGUGCACCUGGACCAAGUGGUUCGACGUGGACUUCCCGUCCCCCGGGCCCCACGGCGGAGACCUGGAGACCUACAGCAACAUCGUCAGAAGCGGAGAGAAAGUUUGCCACCGGCCCGAGUACGUCGCUAGGCUCGAGUGCCGCGCCGAGAACCACCCCGAGGUCAGCAUCGACCAGCUGGGCCAGGUGGUGCAGUGCCGCCCGGACGUGGGGCUGGUGUGCCACAACCGCGACCAGGAGGGCCGGUUCCCGAUGUGCCUCAACUACGAGGUGCGCGUGCUCUGCUGCGAGCCCCGCGAGGGCUGCCCCACCUACCCACCAGUCACAGUCCCAAGCACCGCAAGUGUGAGCGCCACCAGCCCUACGGAGACAACUCCGCACUUGGGCACCACCAGCACAACCUCCGCGCCAACGACCAGCACAACCUCCGCGCCAACCACCAGCACAACCUCCCCAACAACAACCAGCACAACCUCCCCGCCAACAACCAGCACAACCUCCCCAACAACCAGCACAACCUCCCCGCCAACAACCAGCACAACCUCCGCGCCAACCACCAGCACAACCUCCCCAACAACCAGCAUAACCUCCCCAACAACAACCAGCACAACCUCUGCGCCAACGACCAGCACAACCUCCCCAACAACGACCAGCACAACCUCCCCGCCAACAACCAGCACAACCUCCUCGCCAACAACCAGCACGACCUCUGUCCCUGCACCGGCCACCACCCACACCCCUCCGGGCACCAGCUCCUGCCAGCCACGGUGCACCUGGACCAAGUGGUUCGACGUGGACUUCCCGUCCCCCGGGCCCCACGGCGGAGACCUGGAGACCUACAGCAACAUCGUCAGAAGCGGAGAGAAAGUUUGCCACCGGCCCGAGUACGUCGCUAGGCUCGAGUGCCGCGCCGAGAACCACCCCGAGGUCAGCAUCGACCAGCUGGGCCAGGUGGUGCAGUGCCGCCCGGACGUGGGGCUGGUGUGCCACAACCGCGACCAGGAGGGCCGGUUCCCGAUGUGCCUCAACUACGAGGUGCGCGUGCUCUGCUGCGAGCCCCGCGAGGGCUGCCCCCUGACCUCUGUGACCCCCUACAUGACUUCACCUGCCGAGUCCCUGCCCGCCACGAAGCCCACCUCCCCGGUCUCUGCUGUGCCCUCCCGCAGCCCGCCCGCGCCGUCCGCCCCGACGUGCUACUGCAGCGUGUCUGGCACGCUCUACCCUGCAGGGUCCAUGAUAUACCAGGAGGCUGACCUUGCGGGCCACUGCUACUACGCCGUGUGCAGCCUGGACUGCCACGUGGUGCGGCUCACGGACCGCGCCUGCCCCACCCGCGCGCCGACCCCCACGCCCGUCACCGCCCCGCCUGGGUCCUCCCUGUCGGCCCCCGUGCCCGUCACCACCCCGGGGUGCCCCAGCGCAGUCCCCCCGAGAACGACGGGGGAGACCUGGGCCAUGCCCAACUGCUCGCAGGCCACCUGCGAGGGCAACAACGUCGUCACCCUGCGGCCGCGGCCCUGCCCGCCGCUGCGGAAGCCCACCUGCGCCAACGGCUACCCCGCACUGAAGGUGGACAACGAGGAUGGCUGCUGCCAGCACUACCAGUGCCAGUGUGUGUGCAGCGGCUGGGGCGACCCACACUACAUCACCUUCGACGGCACCUACUACACCUUCCUGGACAACUGCACGUAUGUGCUGGUGCAGCAGGUCGUGCCGGUGUACGGCCACUUCCGCGUGCUCAUCGACAACUACUUCUGCGGCGCCCAGGACGGGCUGUCCUGCCCGCAGUCCAUCACUGUCGAGUACCGGCAGGCCCGUGUCGUGCUGACCCGCAGGCCCGUCCGCGGGGUGAUGACCAACGAGAUCCUCUUCAACAACGAGGUGGUCCGGCCUGGCUUCGGGAGGGACGGCCUGGUGGUCUCCCAAGUCGGCAUCAGGAUGUACGUGAGCAUCCCUGAGAUCGGCGUCCAGGUCAUGUUCAGCGGCCUCAUCUUCUCAGUGGAGGUGCCCUUCAGCAAGUUCGCUAACAACACGGAGGGGCAGUGCGGCACCUGCACCAACGACCAGAAGGACGAGUGCCGCCUCCCCGGGGGGGCCGUGGUGGCCUCCUGCUCUGACAUGUCCGGGCACUGGAAGGUGACCAACCCCGACCAGCCGUCCUGCCACGGGCCACCCCCGACGCCCCAGCCGGUGGGGCCCACGGCCCCGCCCGCCCCCUGCCCGCCCUCGCCCAUCUGUCAGCUGAUUCUGAGCGACGUCUUCGAGCCGUGCCACGCCGUGAUCCCCCCGCAGCCGUACUACGAAGGCUGCGUGUUUGACCUGUGCCACCUGCCCGACUCGGACGUGGUUUGCUCCGGCCUGGAGAUGUACGCCUCGCUGUGCGCGACCCACGGCGUGUGCGUCGACUGGAGGAGCCAGACCAACCACACGUGCCCCUUCGUCUGCCCCGCGGACAAGGAGUACCGGCCCUGCGGCCCCGCCGUGCCCUCCUACUGCUACGGGGACAACAGCGCCAGCCUCAUGGUCCUCAGGGACAUCGGCCCUGUCACAGAAGGCUGCUUCUGUCCCGAGGGCACGACCCCUUUCAGCUUGGACACGGACGUCUGCGUGCCCACAGGCUGCCCCAGGUGCCGGGGGCCCCACGGGGAGCCUGUGGAGCUGGGCCACACGGUCACCUUCGACUGCCAGGAGUGCACCUGCAAGGGCGGCACGUGGACCAUGAGCUGCCGGCGUCAGCCCUGCUCUCUGCCGCCCGCCUGCCCGGAGCCCGGGUUCGUGCCGGUGCCUGCGGCCCCCCAGGCCGGCCAGUGCUGCCCCCAGUACACCUGCGCGUGCAACGCCAGCUACUGCCCAGCGCUCACGGGCUGUCCCGAGGGCUCCCGCCAGGUCAUGACCUACGAGGACGGGGCCUGCUGCCCAAGCCAGAAAUGCAGCUGGACCGCCUGCAGUGUGAACGGCACCUUGUACCAGCCCGGCGCCGUGGUCUCCCGGAGCCUCUGCGAGACGUGCCGGUGCGAGGUGCCCCGCGGCUCCCCCUCGGACACCUUCCGCAUCAGCUGCGAGACCCAGACCUGCAACACCCGCUGCCCCGUGGGCUUCGAGUACCAGGAGCAGAGGGGGCGCUGCUGCGGGACCUGCGUGCAGGUGGCCUGCGUCAUGAACACCAGCGACAGCUCCGCCCACCUCUUCCGGCCUGGGGAGUCCUGGUCAGACGCCGGGAACCGCUGUGUGACCCACGAGUGUGAGAAGCACCAGGACGGGCUCGUGGUGGUGACCACGAAGAAGACGUGCCCCCCGCUCAGCUGCCUGGCGGCCCAGGCUCGGCUGAGCGAGGACGGCUGCUGCCUCAUCUGCCCGGAACUCCCACCCCAGAACAGGUCGACCUGCGCCGUCUACCACAAGCUCCAGGUCAUCCGCCUGCAGGGCUGCAGCUCCGUGGGGCCCGUGCGCCUGGCCUACUGUCAGGGCAACUGCGGGGACACCACCUCCGUGUUCUCCCCGGCGGCGGGCGGGCUGGAGCGCUUGUGCCGCUGCUGCCAGGAGCUGCGGACGGCGCCCAGGAGCGUGACGCUGCGCUGCGCCGACGGCUCCCGCCGCGCCUUCAGCUACGCCCAGGUGGAGGAGUGCGGCUGCGUGGGCCUGCGCUGCGACGCCUGGGGCGCCCUCGGCCAGCGUCGCGGGGAGGCGCCCCUGCAGAGCCGGGUCGCCGAGGCCCGGCUUCCAAGGCAGGAGCCUGACCCCGUGCUCGGGGGCCGCACCCGGGGCGCACCGUCCACCACCCGUUCCCUGUCCGGGGCCCAGAGAGGGCAGGUGAAGGUGCAGGCGGUGCGCCCGGGGGCCCCAGCUUGUCAGCGGGUGCGGCCCACCUUGAAAGGCCCUAAGCAAGGGGUGGCCCGGGGGCUGGGUGGCGAGAUGGUCCCCAGGCGGCAGCAGCGGCCAGAGCCUCAGGUCGUGUCGACUCAGGCUCACAAGUCCCACGUCAAGCUCAUGGCUCCUGCUGCUGCCCUAAAGGCUGUGGGUGCGCGUUGUAGGCCCCCCCGGCGGGUCCUGGGCUCCCCGUCCCCCUGGAACGCACAGGGCCCAGGGCCCCGCGCGGCUCGCUGGAAGGAGGGGAAGGGGGUGGAGGAGAGAGGAGCUGAAAAUUACCGGCAGAGCCCUGAGCGCGCGGGGCUACGGGAGGAGGCGGGCCGGGCCAGGCCACAGCCGCGGCACCGAGGGACCGACCCUGUCGCCAAAGAGACAGACGCGGAGCCAGGCCGCAGCCGCCACCAGGCCGACCGAAGCACCCGGCUGCAGGACCACCCAGCUGCCUAG